UUUAUUAUAUAAAAAUGUUAAAGUAUUUUUUAAAAAAUAUAAAAAUAUAUAUUUUUAAAAGUGUGCAAAUUCGUGUCCCCAGUUUUAUGUCACUACCGUAACAGUGUAUUGCCCUCUAGUUCAAACAUACAUUAAGCCAUACCUCUUGAUCAUGUGAUCACAAGAAGAGGUUGCAUCAUUUUCCAACUUGACCACAUGCACAACAAUGGCAAUUGAUUGGAUUGGCUUUGGCUAUGCUGCUGCAGUGGCUUUAGGGGGCUUUUUUGGCUACAAACGGAAAGGAAGUGUGAUGUCUUUAAUUGCCGGUCUUCUCUUCGGCUCCCUAUCAUGUUAUGGGGCUUAUCUGAUAUCAAAUAAUCCAAAAGAUGUGAAACUUUCCUUGAUUGCAGCUUUCACUCUGACAGUAGUGAUGGGGAUGAGAUUCAAGAGGUCACGGAAAUUAAUGCCAGCUGGGCUUAUGGCUGGUUUAAGCUUCCUGAUGGUUUUGAGGAUUAUCUUCUUAGUGCUGUAAAUCAACAGCAUUCAAGAGCUCCUUGGAGCCACUAGCGAGUCCUUUAUUUUCUUACUUCAAUCGAUGGCCGUCAACGCAUCAUUCCUAUUCAUAAUCAAUGUACCAAUCAUUAUAUGAUGUUCAUGUUACCCUACGAUGAACGAUACGGUAGUUUGGAUAAAGAAACUUCAUAAAGUCCAUUGAUAGCAUAGCUACAUUGACCUGUUGCCAAGCCAGAUACAAAGAGUGAAAGCAGCACUGAAAUGAGGGUUUCAUUCAAUUCCGGGACGUUAAAACAAAGAAAGGACGUCUUGUCGUGUAAUCACUAUAACUAGGGGUCCAUAUAUCCAUAUAGUGCACCUUAAUGCAACAGUUUUACGUACAGAUCUCGUACGUUCAACGCCCGCUGUUUUUAUUCAAGUGUUUGUAAGAACCAUUACUAAAUUCACAUUUUUGUUACUACAAUUGAGGGUGUGUUAUAUUUUAAAACUCAAAAUGUGUAUUAUUAAUAAAUGAGAGAAAUGUU